AUGUCUGCCCACUUCGCAGGCACCGAAGCCACCGAAGCCGCCGAGACCCCCGAGGCUACCGAGGCUUGUGUUGUUCCAAGAGCAAUUGGAUGGAUCUCAACCGUAUCCAAAGAUGGUCGAGCAAAUCUCGCGCCUUAUAGCCAGUUCACCAACUUGACAUUCGAUCCUCCAUACGUUGUUUUUUCUUCCAAUCAGACUCAAGAAGGAAAUCGAAAGGAUACCGUCAUCAAUGCUGAAGAAUACGGACAUUUCUGCUGGAAUCUCGUCACCUGGGACCUGCGCGAGGCCAUGAACAUUACUGCUGAGCAGGUUCCGUAUGGUGUCGACGAGUUUGAGCGCGCCAGCCUCGAGAAAGAAAUGGCAAAGCUAUCAAAUGUGCCCAUGGUAAAGCAAAGCCCGGUCAAGUUUGAGUGUAAAUACCACACUACUAUCCGGUUACCGGGCAAUUCUCCGACUGGAACCGUUGAUAUCAUUAUCGGUAAAGUUGAGGCAAUUCAUAUCGCAGACGAGGUUCUCACAGACGGUAUUCUCGAUAUUCGCAAGACAUUGCCCAUUGCGAGGUGUGGGUAUUAUCAAUACACGGUCGUCAAAGACACGUUUGAAAUGAAGAUCCCAGGGAAUUCCGAGGCUACGUUGAACGGAUUAGAGGGAAAUCCAAAGAAGGUUGCAGCUUUCGAGGCGGCUCAAAAGGCGAAAAAGGACAAUGUAUAA